AUUCACAACGUACCCUGAACAGUGUUACAGCUUACUCGAUUAGUGGUGGGCCAACCGAGCUAGAGAUAUUCGUGUAAGGAAUCAUUCAAUAUUCCUGGUCUUAGAGUAAAUCAUUUAGAGGUAAGAUAGAAAUAGAAACGUUGACAAAUAGCCUAUAAUAAAGUUUUAUUUUCACAUUCUGUCAAUAUUUUUCUGUGUGUCCCUCUCUUUACACCAUGCGCCCUGUGUGUCCUUCUCUUUACACCAUGCGCCCUGUGUGUCCUUCUCUUUACACCAUGCGCCCUGUGUGUCCUUCUCUUUACACCAUGCGCCCUGUGUGUCCUUCUCUUUACACCAUGCGCCCUGAUGGUCUUUCUCUUUACACCAUGCGCUCUGUGUGUCCUCUCUUUACACCAUGUGCCCAAUUGUCUUUCUCUUUUUAUCAUGUGCCCUGUGUGUCCUUCUUGUUACAUCAUGUGCCCUGUGUGUCCUUCCCUUCUCACUAUACAGCCCAUGUGUCCUCUUUACAUCAUGCCGCCUGUGUGUCCUUCUCUUUUCAUCAUUCAAUAAAUUACAGAACUAUAAAUGAAUUACAUACGUCUGUGACCAAACUUAGGAAUGAUACACAUACUCACACACACAUAAACGGAGACAAAACACACAUAUCAAACAAACACACUCCACACACACUCACUCACACACAUAAACGGAGACAAAACACACAUAUCAAACAAACACACUCCACACACAUUCACUCACACACACAUAAACGGAGACAAAACAAACAUAUCAAACUAACACUCCACACACAUUCACUCACACACACAUAAAAUCCACACACACAUACACACACACACAAACACACAGAGCAUACACACUUUGGCUACUCAGCAUCAUCGUCCUGUCAGCAUGUGGAAAUGAAAUAUUAAUUGUGCACAGUGCCAUAGUUAUAACGAAAGUUUGGAAUCUUGCAAAGACAAAUACUUGCACAAUUUUUUCCCCAGAGAUUUUCAGUUUAGCUUGCAUUUAGUUUCGCUCCAAAUCGCUAGUCAGUUUUCUGUUAUUAUUUAUUCAAUGCAGAUCCAAUGUGCAAUAACAAAAAAAUAACGUACUAGUUGUAUAGACAUGCACUGUUUAUCUCUCCCUUAUGGUGUGGAACACAUUUUAUAAAAUGAGAAGAUAACUGUUUAAAAAAAAAAAAUUAACCUGGACCCUGUUCCGUCUGGGUAUUUCUGGGUGUGCUAAUACUCGGCGUUUCCGGGAAUCCGGUCAGUAUCCGACUGAGCCCUAGUAAAUAUGUGUCGAUCAAAAAAUGAAAAGGAGAAAAAAUGAAAUGGACCCCGCUUGCAUAAUAUUCCAUUCAGAUAUUUUAAACCUUGAAUUCGUAGCUUAGCACAAAUGGUUUCUAAGAAACGUGUUUCCUAGCCACAAGCAUUAUCAAUUUAUUGUACUAUAAAUCUAUUCAAGUGAAUUUCUACUUUAACCACAAUUGCAUAAAACCGGAGUGACGUCACUGGCUUAGUAUAGUAUAGGGGGAAAAGGGCUUACAUUUCUGUUAAAGAAUUAAUUUAAUAGUUUUAUUGAAACUGCGUGAGAUAAUGAAGUAAUCGCAUUAAUGAUUUUAAAGGUCUUUUGAGCAAUUUAUUUGUUUAAUGUUUUAUAAAAAUUAAAUUUAUAUUAAAGUUCGAUUUAAAGAUGGGUUGUUUAAUAAGGUUCUAGAAAUUAGCAAAUGAGGGUGUAGGCGUCUCUACAAUGUGUGUUCUUUAUAUAAGAAGGCUAGGUUACCGUGCAACCUUCUUCCUAAUUCGGUGCAUCCAGGCCAAACUUGGUAAACAUACCCUUUCAAAACCCCUCUUACAAUUUUUGAUGGAUUAUAAACGUAUAAUAUCCACAUCUUUUUUUUUUUGUGCACGAGGGUGUUGAUUUUACUAUAAAUAAAUGGGCCCUAAAUUUAAUUUAUGUUAAACUAAUAUUAAGGAAAAAAAAUGAAUUAACUAUUUCUAAACCUUUCAUUCAAUACUUUUUUUUUACUCCAAGAAGAGUAGGAAUGCCGGAAGCUAAGAGAGAGUCCCUCGUCCAGCAGAGACUUACAAACGAAUGCUAUUUUUGUAAGUUGGCCUAUAUAAGGAUCAUCCUACUGUAUUCAGAAGAUAAGGCUUCCCUUCUAAAGGAAGGCUGUAAGCCGAUACUUUCUUAUCGUAUUGUCCUGACUUUCGAUUCAAGCUUCCACAUACCUAUUAUUCUUAUAUUUUAUUCUCUUUUAAAAUAGUUUAAUUUACGUUUUGAUCUGUGAUAUUCAAUUUUGAAAGGAUUUUAAAAAUGUAAACCAAUAGUAUCAUUAGCUGUCAUGAAAUAAAUUUAAGCUCAUUUGGGGGAGGGUGGUGGUGGGGUGGAGUUGGCGUAUUGAGGACAAUUGGCGUCCACGGAAGAACUACAAAUGCACCUUAUCAAGCUUGGGUAACAUAUUUUUUCUAAAUAAUUUCACAAUAAUUUGUUAUAAUAUUAUACUAAAUAUAGUCAGUAGCGUUUUCAGGUAGUGAUGAUAAGGGAGGGAAUUUUUAUUUUAUUUUAUUUUAAAAUGACCCACACAUCCAGAGGCCCUUAGCGCUAGACUAAACUGGGCGCCACAAACGUCACUGGGACUGCGACUUUCAUCCGGGUUGGAAGCAGAAAAUGUGAAGGCUGAAUGCCUUUACCAGAAAACUUUUGAGAAAUUCAAAACGCAGGUACGCAUUUUUGUGCAUACCGGACUUUCUAAAAAUUAUAAUUCUAAACUAAAUUGGAAAGUGGCGGUAGAGAUGGUAGUAAAUAUAGGAUUCCUGACCUGAAGAAUUAUACAUUUUUGUUGUUACCUCACAGUAAUUUGUUUCAUUUUUAAAAUAUAAUUCUUAAAAUACUUUCUUUGAAUGAUUUUUAAAAAAAAAAAAGGAGUUUAAGAAAAAGCAACUCCUUCCGCUAUAUUCGCAAGGCCCGGGAACAAGACGCUAGUUAGAUUUCAGUGUUACGACCACAAACCGGGUAUAAGACGCUAGUUGAAUCUGGGUGUUACUACCACAGCCCAGGUACAAGACGCUAGUUGAAUCUCGAUGUUACUACCACAAACCGGGUAUAAGACGCUAGUUGGAUCUCGGUGUUACUACCACAAACCGGGUACAAGACGCUAGUUGAAUCUCGCUUUUACUAUCAGAGCCCAGGUACAAGACGCUAGUUGGAUCUCGGUGUUAGUACCACAGCUCGGGUGCACGAUUCUUGUACCAUCGCGGGGUUACUGCCAUACAAUUAAUGGGUUAACUAGGCGGCUUUACGCAUUUGAAUAGCCCCCCCCCCCACCCCACCCCCAAUGCAUAGCCUGUAUUUAUUAUUUACGCCACAAAUUUCCCCCACAAGUUAAACCCAUGCUUUUUUAAAAACUUAAUUCAACAACAUUUUUUUACACAUUUUUUUGCUCCAUCAAGCGACAAGAGUUAUUUUUUGAAAAGGCCCAACUUUUUGAAGAAAAGGAUAUCAUAGAUAAAAGGCGCCGGCUAUGCACAAACCCCUCACUAGUCACGCUACGGAAUAUUAUAUACCAGACAGCAGUUUUAAAUAGAGCAGUGUCAAGAUUUGUUUCAGCUCAAUUAAGUGUUAAGCUGAAUAGAAUUUUUACAUUUAGUAAAAAAAAAAUAAUAAUAAUAAUUUGUGUACAGGUAGCAAAUUUGGCGCCCUCUUCGAGUGACGCCCACGGGAUAAGACGUAACUUUCCAGAACGUCGGUGCUCCUCUGCUGGGAUUUUGGAUUGAUGAAGGAGGAAAAAAAAAAGGGGGGGGGACUUUUAUUUAAAAUUCUGACACCUACGCCCCUGUCGUAUAAUGUAAACAUGGCUUGGCUCUAAUACAAAUAACGUGUUCUUCUAAUUAUUUCAGGCGAACGCAUGCGAUUGACAGGUCGAGAGGUUCCAUUCUACCCGAGUCGGAAGCCUACAAAAAGCCAAUGGGCGUUCUCACUUAAGAGUUUGUAAAAGCAUCAACAAUUUUUUAUCUAAGGCACCUCCAGAUAUUAUUCUUAUAUUUUCCUCUGUAUCAGUCCAAGUUUUUUUUAAGCACAAAAAAAGGAUAAGCAAUCUGGUGAAACAGCAAAACAAAACAAAAAAGGGGUACUUUAUUAGAUUUUAAAUGCCAUCGCCUGGGCGAGUUUGUGUAAAAAGAGCCGAAAGAGGAAGGGGGCGUUCGGCCCCCAGGCGACACUUUUUAAACGUUAAAUGGAGGCCCUUCAUUUUCGGUGGACUGCAGAAUUUAUUGUAAAAGGGUGGUCGCACAAAACCCUGGCCCGUCACGGGUGACACUGAUCAUAGCUAUGUCACUGGCUGUGUAGGAAGUCAUCAGGGUUGUGGUUUCCUCCCUUCAGUGCUUGUAAGUUCUAAUUCGGCUUCACAAAAUAAUGUUACAGUUUUGUAUAUCCUUUGACCUAUUAUUAUUUAAUAGUAAUAAUAAUAAAGUUUAUUUGAAAAUCACGCUUCAUCCCAAAAGGCUCAAAGCGCUGUACAAAGUCCACCACAUUAAAAGAGAAAUGGAAAAAAAUAUAUAUUAUACCACUUUGAAAUAAAAACGCAAAAUUACAAAAACUACAGACGAGACAAACCCAUUCUCGGUAUUUAAUCCCAUGCAAGCAUAAACAACUUGGCCAAUAUACAUCUAGGAGAUAAUAGCCAGCUGGAAAAGAUGGUAGACAACAUCACCCCUGCAUGUGUUUGCGAAAUAGAUGUGUUUUCAAUUCAGUUUUGCAAGAAUCCAGUUUCUGGCUGAUUCUGAGAGCGUCAGGAAGUGUGUUCCAAAUUGUUGAGUCAGUGAAAGUCCGCCCUCCGUAAUUCUCAAGGCGAACACUCGGUAUCGAGAGUUUGCCACUUUUUGAUGAGCGGAGUUGUCUGGAGGGUAUAUAAGUCGCCAUGUCGUUUUAGAUAGGACGGUGCCAGGUCAUGCAAGCAGCCGUAGCACAGAGCUGCAAUUUUGUACUCUAUGCGAGCGCGGACUGGCAGCCAAUGCAACUCUCUCAGAAGUGUUUUAGCAUGGUCGAACUUGCAUUUGCGAAGAACAAUGCGAGCACCAUUAUUCUGUGGUUUUUUGAUUUUAUCUAGGAGCGUAGCUGGAAGACCCACCAUAAGAGCAUUGUGCAGUAGUCCAUGUGUGAGAGCACGAAUGCAGACAUCAACUUCUUUGAUGCAUCUAACGUUAAGAAAGGUCUGAUAUGACUAAUUCUGCGCAGCUCUAGAACAAUCGCCUUGCAAAGCAAGCUAAUGUGAUUUUACAUAGUGUAGUUCUAUCCAAAUAGACACCCAGGUUUCGUAAUGUUUGAGCAAACUCAAACUGUAUACCUGAGAAAGUAAGGGAUUUUAGCAUUUGAGCGGUAGCAAUGGGGAUCAGCUCGGUCUUUUCAUCGUUCAAAUUGAACUUGUUUACGUUCCAGUGCUUUACUGACUCCACUGUCUUCUGUGUCAUACUAAGAAGCUGAAGGAACUGAGAGGGGAUCACAGACUGCUGAAGUUAAGUAUCAUCCGCGAAAAUUUGAUAUAGCACGGCUUGAUCACUGCACCCAGGGGCUGAACGUACAUAGUGAAAAGCACCGGGCCUAGGACCGAGCCCCGUAAUACUCAGAAUUCGAUAAUAGAAUGCUUCGAGGUCAAGCCGUUUGUGAUAACUGAUUGGACCCGAUUUGUCAGAUACAAGAGGAAUCAUUUCAGGUUAGUAUCGGUAAAACCGAACGUUUUUUGCAGACGCUGGAGAAGUAUGCCGUGGUCAAGCGUAUCGAAUGCUGCUGAUAGAUCAAGUAAAGACAAAAGGGAUAUCUUGCCCUCACCACAAGACUAUAGAAGAUCCUUUACGACGCGCAACAGGGCUAUCUCAGUAGACUGUUGCGCCCUGUAUGCUGACUGAAAAGGCUCAAACAAGUCGCACUGAGUAAGGUGGUUCAGGAGCUGGCGGAGCACGACUUUCUGUAAAAUUUAGGAUACAAAUGGUAGAUUAGAAAUGGGGCAGAUAAUUUUCCAACAUAUUUGGGUCCAGAUUUGCUUUCUUUAGCAGUGGAGUUACAACCGCUUAUUUAAAAGAGGAUGGAACAAUACAAGUUUUCAAAGACUGAUUUAUGAUACUAGCAAUGAUAGGGACUAUUUCAUCCAAAUAUUCAUACAACAGCCCUGCCGGAAGAGUAUCCAGCAAUUAUGACUUUUUAGGGGAGUCAACCAGGAUUCUCUUCACAUGCAAUUCAGUGACCUCCAAAAAUUCGCUUAUAGGAGUACCGUUAAACGGCAAGAAUUCGGGAGCAUCGGUGCAAAUGUCAACUCUCGCCAUGAUUUUCGUAACUUUAGUAAUAAAAUAAACUCAUUUAGUGCGUCUGGCAGCUCGCCUACGGCAAUGUUGUUUGGCAAAGAUGUAUCCUUCUGUUUACUGGUCAGCUGACCCACAAUAAGAAAAAGGUUUUUACUUGAGCCACAAUGUGCAGAGGUUUUAUAUACAAAAAAAAAGGGGGGGUUGAAUAUUAAAUAUACAAUGGGAAUGAAGAUUUAAUAUACGAGGGAAAUAAAGAUUAAAUAUACGAGGGGAAUAAAGAUUAAAUAUACGAGGGGAAUAAAGAUUAAAUAUAAAAGGGAAUUAAGAUUACAUAUACAAGGGAGAUAAAGAUAAAAUAUACAAGCGGGCUGAAGAUCAAAUAUGCAAAGGGAAUGAAGAUUAGAAACGCAAUCCCAAAUAUAAUUUUAUUUUUAUAAAACAAUUUUAUUAAUACACUUUUUAAAGUUAUGUUUUUAAAAAGAAAAAAGUGACGUAAAAAAUUACUUAGCAAUCCAUUUAGGUCUACUCCUAUUGGUCAUUUCAAACUUAACACACGGUUUAUGAGUGAUACUCAUGUAAUGCUCAUGUUUAGUUUUAAAAUGAUAUGACAAGGGACGUAAUGAUGAAAUAUUGUUCUAAAGUGAGAUGACAAGGGAAUUAAUGCUUAACUGUAGUUCUAAAGGGACAUUACAAGGGAAGUAAUGCUUAAAUUUAGUUAUAAAGUAAGAUAACAAGGAAAUUAAUGCUUAAAUGUAGUUGUUAAGGGAGAUAACCAUGGAAGUAACGUUUAAAUGUAGUUCUUAUGAGAGAUAACAAGGGAAGUAAUGUUUAAUUCAUGCACUUUUGAAGAAAAUUCUCCAUUUAAUAAACUGACCCUCCAGAUAACUGCUUCCAUUAACCCCCCAUUCCAGAUAACUGCUCCUGGUGUACCCCCCCCCCCAGAUAACCAAUAAAUGCUCCUCCUGUAGCCAGUAACGAUAACUUUUCCUCUUGUAUCUUUCAUAUAUCUGCUACUCUUGAACCCUACACUAACUGUUCGUCCCUGUACCUUCCAGAUAAAUGCCACUCUUGUCCGGCUAAGGCCUACGAUGCCUGGCGGAACAAAUUUGAGAUCCAUCCUAAAGACGGUCGGGUCAUCUCCAUUGUACAGUGUGUUAUCUCAAGACAACCGUUGAACAAACUAAGAAGGGGAAACGAUUCUUGCACUUGAUCUGAAGUUGUGAUCGAUACAUUGAGUUAUCUCACCAGCGUUAAAGAACGUUUACGUUAAACUAUAAGCUAGAAACAAUCUACUAAAUAUUAAUUACUUAUGAAUUAACUAUGACAUUAUACGAUUUAUUUAGUAUUGGUUCAAACACAUUGAAAUUUAUUUUUACAUCAUAUAAAUUCAUUUACAAGCAAUCAUAUAUAAAACAUGAAAUACACAAUUGACGUAAGACAUAAAAAAAAAAAAUAUCUACAAAACGUUCAGCCAUCUUGUGACGUCACUCUUAAGGAUGCCCAUAACGUCUUGUGUAUAAUUAUUCCAUUUGCUAACAGGCGGUAAAUGCUGACAUCAAUAUAAUAUUAUUCACUAUUUAUUUUUCAUAGAUUUACAUAGUUUUAAUGAAAAAGAAACGCUAACAAAUCUUCAUAGUUUCAUUAUUUCCACAAAUUAGGUCUUAGCCCAACCCCCAGGUCCAUUUCUUCAAUCCCAUAUUAAGCGGGAUGAUGGGACCAUAUAAUUGUUAAGACUCCUGAUUGAAAUCUGUUAUACAGACAGUGGCAAUGAACGGCACUGGGCGGCACCAACCCAGGUUAAACCCCUGCAUAGAGUAUGAUGGAGUUAGCAUUGCAGGAGGGAUGACGACAGAAAUAUGAUUUGAAAGAAAAUAGCUCACGUCCAAAUAACUACUGCUUACAAAGGCCGACAACCUGAGGUUUAGUUCGAAUAGCAACUGAGUUGUGUUAAAUAUCAAUUUAGUUUUAUUGAUGCAUACUUAAUUUAUGAAUAUAUACAUGUAUAGGAUUAUAAAAUUAUAUUCUUUAAAUGAUUUAACAAUUUGGAAUUUAUUCCACUAUGCUACAAACGGGAUUUUGACACCAUUUUACAUCAAUUUUAUUGCGGUUUGCCACCAUUACGCUUGUGUUGUAAUGUAGGCUUAAUACAUAAUAUUGUAUAGUGGUAUUAUUAAAUACAUAAUAUUGUAUUGUUGUAUUACUAAUACAUGAUAUUUAAUAUGGUAUUAUUAAAACAUAGUAUUGUAUUGUGGUUUUAUUAAAUACAUAACAUAGUAUUGUGGUAUAACUAAAUACAUGAAAUUGUAUGCGGUAUUAUUAAAUAAAACAUUUAUUCACAAAACUCCUUCACAAUGACUCCAUAGUGCGAAUAGCCUGUUUCUCCAAAGCUCUUUCUUUAAAUUUAAUAACCAUACGUGACAAAACUGAUAAUGUAUUUUCCGUUCUUAAAAGUAAAAUUAAUAAAUACAAUUGAUUGCUUUUUAAAUUGUUAAUAAAACACACACACU